GAAAGGACCACCGAGAGCCAGAAAGGACUCUCGAAGGGAUAGAAAGGACCACCGAGGAGCCAGAAAGGAGCACCGAGAGCCACCUCUGUUCCCACCUGCACCCUGCGCUUCUCCCGGCUCUCAUCGCUCUGCUGCAUUUCCCGAGGAGCCAGAAAGGAGCACCGAGAGUCAGAAAGGAGCACCGAGAGUCAGAAAAGAGCACCGAGAGCCAGAAAGGACCCCCGAAGAGCCAGAAAGGACCCCCGAAGAGCCAGAAAGGAGCACCGAGAGCCAGAAAGGAGCACCGAGAGCCGCCCCCGCUCCCGCCCCGCAUCCCUGCGGCUUCUCGCGGGUGAAGAUGAGCGCUGACGAGAUUCUGGUGCGUGCAGUAGAACUUGGACAGAAUUUCUGCCUCUAUUUUGACGACGACGAUGAGCUGGAGUGUGACGCCCUGUGCAAGGAGAAGACUCUGCACCGAGUGCUGAGGAACGUGAACAGCCAGCUGCUGGUGGUGCGCCCCGACCUGAACCUGGCAGCCUUUGAGGAUGUGACAGACCUGGAGAUGCAGUCUGGCAAAGGGAUGCAUUUCAGCAUCCACUGCUACAAAACCACCACAUCCUUCGCUGGGAUGCCCGUGGCCUUCAGCGUCCAAGUGGAAGACAAGAGUUAUUACAUGUGUUGUGAGAGGGAAGGUGGAGAAAUGAUCAUUAGGUUCAAGGAAGGAGAAGUUCCCAAAGAAAUUCCUGAUAAAAGCAAUAUCAUCUUUUUCAAAAAGACAUUUACAUCUUGCUGCUCCAAAGCUUUUAAGUUUGAAUACUCAAUGGAACAAGGAAUGUUCCUGGCCUUUGAGGAAAAGGGCUGCUUGAGAAAAUUAAUCCUAAAGAAACUGUCUAAAGAUGAAGUGGAUGAAACCAUGAAGAUAAGUUUAUUUUAAGUUCAGUCAGAAUGAAAAUCACAACCUAUGAUGGAACACUUCAACACUUUUAAAACACACUUUGGUUUUUUUAUAGAAAAUUUAGUUUUUCUUUAUCCUGAACAAGUCAGUUUUAUGUUUUAACUACUGUCAGUACUCAUUAAAAAAAA